CGUUAAAAGGAAUUUAAGUUAUUUGUCUAAAGACAUAAUUCAUGAUGGGAUUCAUUGGUGAUAUUUUGAUACAUCUAUAGACUUAACUUAGUUGAAAAAGAUUUGGUGGUUGUUUUUGUUGUAGUUUCUUGUUGGGGUUGAAUGGUUUAUUAAGGUGCAUUUUAUUUGUUUUUGGCAAACACAGUUUUGAGUUGCAGGAGGCAUAAUGUCUGAUGAUAUGCUUGUGCAUUUCUCUUCCAAUUCCUCCAACCAAUCUGACCAGUCCCUUCCAACGAAGAUUGCGAAGCUGGAAGCUCGAAUGGUAGGCAAGGCUUCCUCCACCGCUGCUCAGCAGCCAGGUUGGUCCUCUGUCCCUUUAACUAGGAAAUUUGGAGGAGCUGCUAAGGAUUUAGCUGAGGCAUGUAGCUCCAGUGAUUCUGAUGAUGAUAAUGGUGAAGAAUUCUUAAUACAAGCCAACACGGAGAAGCGGCUAAAACUUCAAGAAGAUGACAACUCUAAUGUUUUUGAACAUCUCGAGGUUAUGACUGAUGGAAGACAAACUAGUUCAGAGCCCGUCGAGAUAAAAAUAAGUAACGAUGUGAAUAGAAAGAAACAUGGCCGUGGACGAGGCAACUCUGGUUCAGGAAGGGGCCGGGGUUCUAGAUCUAAUGAUCAGACCAGAACAAAAGUACCUCCUCCAACUGCUUUGAAUUUUGCUUCAGAGUUUCGAUGGAAUUUCUGUUAAAUCACAAUGGUGGACCAGAAUUAUGGGAAGAAAGAGAGGGGAAGAAGAGAUACUAGUUAUAAUAAUGAUUAUUAGCUUUUAGGGUUUUAAUGAGACCAGGACCACAUUGGGUAGAAAAUUAAGAUUUGCCACAUCAGCUAGUCGUUGCUGGCUCCAGCAUGGCAUGGGAGGUGCCAGAUCAUCCUUCCGUUUGCUGAUUAUGCGCCGAAAAGGGUCGAAGGACAACUAUGGGUCCCGGAGCUGAAUGUGAGGGAUACUGUUAGGAAAUUUUGAAAGUCAAGGACGAUUAUGAGUAACUCGCCCAAUCUCAGGGACCACUUUGGAGUUUUAGUCCCCUUAACCAUUAAUUAAUUUUUCAAUGAUGCAUUAAUUUAUCCUGCAAACCUCACCAACUAUUUUUUUCUA